UGCAUCAGCUGACAGACUCUCAACCACUGCGCCACCAGGGAAGCCCUAUCUUUCUGUUUUUGAUUUCUAGUUUAAUUCCAUUGUGGUCUGAGAGUACACUGUAUUAUUUCUGUUUUGAAUUUGUUAAAGUGCGUUUUACACCCCAGAAUGUAGUCUAUCUUGGUGAGUGUUCCAUGUGAGGUUGAGAAAAAUGUAUACUCUGCAAUGCUGGAUGAAGUAAUCUAUAGACAUCAACAGAUCCAAUUGACUGGUGGUGCAGUUCAGUUCAACUACAACCUUAACUGAUGUUCUGCCUGCUGGAUCUGUCCAUUUCUGAUAGAGAGGUGUUGGAGUCGCCAACUAUGUAGAGGAUUGGUUUAUUUCUCUUUCAAUUCUAUCCAUCUUUGCCACACAAAUUUUGACUCUCUGUUGUUAGGUUCAUCCACAUUAAAGAUUGUUAUCGCUUCCUGGGGAAUCGACCCAUCAUUAUGUAAUGCCCCUCUUUAUUCCUGAUCAUUUUCUUUGUCUUGGCUCUACAGCUGGAAGGCUGGCGCUCGUCGCUGCGGACUCGUUCGUGAAGGGGACGCGCAGUUCCUGUUUGUGUGAGGUUGCUUUAGGUGACCUGCUGUUAUCUGCGGAGGAACAGCCAGGAACGGGUCAUAAAAUGUCGUGAAUCACUGUCAGAAUUUUGGGCCUUAGCCGGGUCCACAUCCUCUCCCGCAGUGGCUUUUCGCCUUGGUGCACAGUCUACAGGAUGAAACUGUUCGCGUUUCCUCCAAGCUCCUCACGUUCUGCAGUUUGGCCACAGAGUUUAAGCUCUUUUCACCCUCGGCAGGCAAUUUGCAAGUGACCUUGUCGUUGUCAAAGCCUCGCCUAGCGCUUCAGCGCCUCCCGGAGCUCUGGCGGACUCGGUGGCCCGAGUCCCAGGAGCUGGGGCUCCAAGCGGGGACACAGGCGCGAGGCUGGAGGGCGACGGACAACUCGGUCUCCCGGCAGUCCCGCCGCUUGUGCCCAUCGCGGCCGUUAAGGAUGUUGAUUCGUUACCAAACGGCCAUCUAGAAAGACAGUCAUGAUUUAAACUUCCAUCAGAGAUCAUUCAAUUACCGCGGGAGAAGGAUUGGAUCUUACCUUGGUACCCACCUUGCAAUUUAUUUAAUGUUUGGGAGAGGGUGAUUUUUAAAAAAAUGUAUUCUUCACCAAAAAGUGAGACUAACUAAUUCCUAGUGAUGGAUCUGCAAGUCCAGAUUUGUGGGUGGCAACUUGAUGUGAUUCCAGAGCCUCUGAGGUCUUACGGUGUGGGACGUCCGCUUAGACUUUGGAGCCCGACAAAUGGGUUUGAAUUCUGGUCAGACACUUAUCAGUUGUGCAGUCUUAACCCCAAUUUCUUUCUCUUUAAAGGAUUGAUCGAUUAUGUCUAUGCAAAAGGCAGGUGGAUCUUGGUGAAUAACAGUGAAUUAUCAACUUACUUGGAUGGUCGCUCCAACUUAGCUGCUCUUCAAGAUGUCAUUUCUUUGUUGGAGCAAAGCAACACAUUCUUUGGUGCCUGGGCAUCGCGCCUCCCCACGGGGCGGAAGAGAAGAGGAGGAGGCCGCGGUGGGAGCAGGGUUCCAGGGAGACGCCCUGCCUGGUUGCGAGUUGGACCAGGUGGGCGAGCGCGGCCUCAGCUCGGGGCAGCCCUCCUCUGGUCCCCGGGCGUUGGUUCCGGAGGCGAUGCUUCUGGAAGCCGUGGAGACGGGGGUCCGCGUUUCGAUCCCCCGGGUCGGAAGGCCGCCCUCCCUGCUCGCGAGUCCCGGCUGCUCGCACAGCUGCCGUUCCUGCUUUGGCCGCACCUGCAGCUGCUCGCUUGGAGCGCCGCCCGCCCCCGCAUCGUCUCCUGCCUCCGCAUCCUCUCCUGCCCCCGCAUCCUCUCCUCCCGCUCCACGGAGCUCGUGGUCUCCAUCGUCCAUCUCAAGUGUAGUGAGCGCGGCUCACGUUUUGUCUCUGCCUCGGCUGCUCACCACGUGAGUGAGGAGUGUCAUCCCUCUGUCUUGGCUUUCAGCUUCAUUCAGGUUCCUCCGGCAAACCUCGAUUUCUUCCUGUCGAUUUGGACUUGAACUUCCUGAAGAAGCUCCCGGUGGAGCCGAUCGUGGCUUUUGCCGCUGGCGGAGGCUGGGGUCUCACCUCAGGGCAGAAUGUCUGGGUCUGGCACCUGUCGGGCUGCCCCUGUGGGCGAAGUUCCCUUUGGACAGAGCCGGGGCUCCACUCCCUACUGACCCUGCAGGUAGACAGGUGGACUCGGGGACAGGUGGGGGCUGUGCUGGGCUUGGGCUCCUCACAGGUACUCUCCGCGGGGCGGGGCCCGGAGGCCCCCGUGGG